UCGACCUCUCUUUCUCUCCCAGCCCUCCAGCCACAGACGAAAACCCAACUGAGAGGGAUGUCACAGCUGAAGGAGAGUCAGCCCUCCUCGGUCUGCACGAAAAACCAACAGAACGCGUCCAUUUUUCAACUUUACGCACGGGCUUUUCAUUUCUUUUACGCGCCGUCUGGAUACAAAUUGGUUCAGCUCUGGGCCUGGUGACAAUUUGUCAUCUCGUGGCGGUAAUAAUGAUUCCCAGUCCGGUUGUAGCUUCUUCCACCACGCCCUUUUCUGUGAAGGACAUUCUGAAGUUAGAGCUGCAGCAACAAUCUCAGCAACAGUUCCAGCUGAUGUCCUGUUUCGGUCUCUCUGGUGCACUGUCACAGCCGGGAGCCUUCCAAAACAAAUCCUUCGGUUCUAAUUCACCACCCUCUUGCAUGCUGGCGGGCAGAGACAGUCCUAGUCCCAUCAGUUCCUGCUUCUCGGAAAACGAGGAGAGGAUGUCUUACCUCAGCACGCUGAGCGUCCAGGAGCGGCUGGCGGAGUCUGUUCUGCCGUUGGAGGCGUUCGGAAACACGGCGCAGAGCCACUCUGCAGACCUCCGACAAGAGACGGAGCAGGAGGAGCGGGGCAAAGUCGGCAGUGCGUUGCGCAGCGAGUGUGUGGAUGCUGACUCGGAGAAGCCCGCCAGCAAGCAGCAGAGGACCAGGAGGAAGCCCCGCGUCCUCUUCUCCCAGGCUCAGGUGUUCGAGCUAGAGCGGCGCUUCAAGCAGCAGCGUUACCUGUCCGCCCCGGAGAGAGAGCACCUGGCCAGCUCUCUGAAACUCACCUCCACCCAGGUCAAAAUCUGGUUCCAGAACAGGAGGUACAAAUGCAAAAGGCAGCGUCAGGACAAGACUCUGGAGAUUGCAGGUCAUCAUCAUCACCACCAUCAUCAUCCACCGCCGCCGCCGAGGAGGGUGGCUGUGCCGGUGCUGGUUCGAGAUGGAAGGCCUUGCCUGACUGGAUCCCAGAAUUACAAUCCUUCUUACACAGUUGGAGCUCCAAACCCGUACAGCUACAACAGCUACCCAGCCUACAGUUACAACAACUCAGUGUAUACCAACACUUAUUCUUGUACUUAUUCUAGUUUACCUGCUCUUCCACCGAGCAACACAGCUAACGCUUUCAUGAACAUGAAUUUGGGAAAUCUCGGUGCACAGACGCAAAGCCAGGCUCCCCAAGGAUCAGUGGUCACACCCUGCCAGGGAACUCUGCAGGGCAUCCGGGCAUGGUAGCACAGACUGUAUAGGCGCAGUCACCGGACUUUACUGGAUAGACUCAAAUAUGCAACGCAAUGCCGCCUAAACUCCUUAAAAAUGACAGAAAGUGUUGAUUAGUUGGUUGUAACGGAAGACAGGUAUAUGAAGUAACAUUUAGCCUCUAAUUCAGAUAAAAUGAUAAUAAAAAACACUUAUGAUAUGCGCUUUUUCCCCUCUCUGAGCCACUUGUUUAGUAAACUUGUUCAAGAUGUUGGAGUCAGUGUUAAUAGAUGUAUUCAAUUUAAUAUGCUGGAAAAAUAAAGGGAAGUGUUAUUGUAAGAAUGAACGUUUUAGGUGUGGAGUCGCGCAUAUGACGAACAGAUUAUUUGCAUAAGAAGACCUGUUUAUAAACAUUACCGAAAAAUAACAAUAACGCCAUAAAAUGAUAUUAUGGUAAUUUAGUUUUCCUGUUUUCUUUCUUUCUUUUAAAGUGUGUUGUGUUUGACGUUUAUGUUUGGUUUUUAAUUUAGUGAAAUGACUUUCUGAAUAAAACGGGCGAUUAAACGGAAAAUGAGCAGUGAGGUUAUAAAGACCUAACGACGAAAAUGAUCGCCUGGGAUUAAAUUAAAUUGCAUAAAAAGUAAUAUAACGGCACAAGUAAUUGUAAUGGACUAUGUGCUUUGUGUGUGUUUAUUUUUGUCUCUGUGUGUAAGAUCAACAUGAGCAGGAUGCCCUUUAAAAAAUACUUUUAAAAAAAUGAUGAGUUGGAU